AUGGGAAAAUCCCGGAAUGGAAAUAUUCUCUCGGUGGUUGAGCCAUUGUUAAAAGAAGCUCGAGAAGCUGUUGGUUCAAUUAAAUCUGAAAGUUUAUCAGAAGUAAGAAGUUUGCGCGCUCCUCCAGAAGCUAUUAGGGAUAUUUUACAAGCUGUUCUGUUUUUUAUGGGUAUUUUAGAUGUUUCGUGGGAGGCAAUGCGAAAAUUUUUAGCCAAAAGUGGUGUUAAAGAAGAAAUAAUUAAUUUUGAUGCCCGACGAAUAUCACCAGAUACGGCAAAACGUGUUAGUGCUUUAGUCAAGUCAAAGGCAACAUCCUUUGAUCCUAAAAAUGCUAAGAGGGCGUCAGCAGCUGCCGCCCCACUAGCAGCAUGGGUUAGCGCCAAUCUACAAUAUGCAUUAAUUGUAGAAAAAAUUGCGCCGUUAGAGCAAAAGAAAGAAACUCUUGAACGUAAUUUAAAUGCUGCAGAAAAACAAAUGGCCUCCUUAUCAAAAGGCUUAAAAACUGUAGAUAAACGAGUGGAAAGUUUAAAAUCAAAUUUUGAAGUUUAUAUGAAAGAAGCAACUGAAAUUAAAAUUGGGUUGGAAAGAGAACAGGCAACUUUAGUUGUUGCGAGUACUCUAGUAGAGAGAUUAGGUGAUGAAUACACUCGUUGGCAACAACAAAGUAAACAAUUAGAAACAGAAUUGGCAACAAUUGAGAAUUGUUGUCUUUUAGGUGCUGCCUUUCUAACAUUCUUGGGACCCAGCACGGAAGAAGUUCGAACCCGUACAAUGCAAAAUUGGCAAUCGCAAUUCCCUCAACUGCCUGAAGGAUUCGAUAUUCUUCGCUUUUUAUCAACAGAAAGUGAACAAUUAAAUUGGAAACAAGCUGGAAUUCCUUCUAACCGAUUAGCUCUUGAAAAUGGAGCUAUAAUUUUCCGAAGCAAGCAAACACCUUUUGUGAUAGAUCCAAGUGGAACUAUUGCCUCCUUUCUUUUUAAUUACUUCAAGGAAAUAAAAAAAGCUGAGGGUGGAGCUCAAUUACUUGUUGCCAGUCAGUCUGAUUUAAUGACACAGGCAAGUUAUUUUUUUAAUUUUAUAAUUUAG